AUGGAGUUCUACCUCCUAGCUCGCUGGCUCGUUCUUCCUGCCUCUCUGGAGAUUGCUCUGGUUCGGCCAGGCGAUGGGGCUGGCGGGGCGGCGGGGUCCGCUGGCCCUGGCGAGGCGGAGGCUUGGUCGGAGGUGAGGGCGUCGUGGCGGCCGGCGCGCGCACCCCUGACGCCGGCCUUGGACGCGUCGUCGCCUCUGUGCUGGGGCGGGAGCCGGUUCUGGGCUCUGGCUGAGGUAAGUGAAAGUGAGGAUUCGGAGGCGGAGGACGGAGAGGGCGGCGCGCGGCGUGGUGGCGGGGCGCUGCCGUCGGUCGGUGAUUUUGUGGCUCGUGCUGAGGAGCUUGGGUGCUCGCUCAGAGCGGGGCGGCGCCGGGCGUUCGCGCCUGGUGGCCGUGGUGCUCGCCGGCCAGGGGGGCCGGGGCGGGCAUCGCUGCGGUCCGUGGCGGAGACGUCGCGGCCGCUGGCUGGGCGGGAGGACGUGCGUGCUGUGGCGGUCGCGGUGGCGGCGGCUUCCCCCCGGCAGGGUCCGGUGCUCGCGCUGGGGCCGGUGGCUAGGCCAGGGGCGGCGGCGCCGGUCGGGUCGCAGGAGGCGGCGGCGGUGACGCCCGAGCCCUGGCCGUCUCCCUUCCCUCCCCUCCGGCCUCCGUGGCUGUGGUCCGUGUGGGGCAGCGCAGCUGCGGGCUUCCUCCGGCCUCCGUCGCCGUCGGCAGUUGCCGCUUCAGUCCGCCAGCCGACAGGCUAGAAGGAGAAGCCACCCAAUGUCCAAUCCAUCCACUACUGCAUCCAUCUACAAAUUACCAAGAUGAACAAGUAUGUUGGCAUAUUUGAAUUGUGGGACAUAUCUUCAAACUAAGGCAAGGAAAACAAUUUCUACGUCCACAUUUGUUGUUUGUUCUAUUAUAUUGCUUUGGCCAAUUUUUUUUUUGCUAGUAUUAUUGAUGUAUGGUCAUCGAGUCAUUGAUAUUGUCACAAUAUAUAUAAUUGUGGCAUCGAUGUAUGGUUAUCGAGUCAUACCUAUUAUAUUGUUGUUAGAGAUAUUGCCACAAUAAUAUUUUGCUACUAUUAUAAACGUAUGG